AUGGAUUUACUUUGUCAAAUAUUGAUAUAUUUAGACUGGAGGCAUAACAUAACAGACAUGAAAAAUGAGUGUACUAAAUUCCUAGAACAAAUGACCAACGCUACAAUGAACAAGUUUCCUCCUUUAAGAUGUAUACUUGAAAUUGAUGUAAUGGACCUAAUUGCCGUUUUACCUGAUGUUGGUGUUUUUUUAUUACAAGAACCGUUGAAAUUUCAAAUGAUUUGCAAUGAAAUAUUAUAUGCAUGUAUGUUAUCAAUAGAUAACCCUUAUAAAAAAAACAUAGCAAAUUCUCAGGUAGGUGUAACGAUAAGAUUGAGAUGUGUUCCUCGGUUACUAAUACCGCCAAAUCCCAGACUAUAUCAAGGAGUGACAUUAUUUGAAGGAUUACUCAUGGCCAUUUCCAAGCCAGAAAGCUAUGUUUUUCAUACUGUAUGGUCUUGUCCCGAAGAAUGUGAAGGAAAUGAAGUUAUUUAUCGUUACAUUCCAAAAUUUCCUCCGAAAUGUUGUAUUUGUAGAAGUGUGCUUUACGAAAACUGCGGUUUAAAGAGAUGCGGAGAACAAGUUACCGUUUCAGUCAAGUUAAAAAACGAUUUCAUUUGUAAAAAGUUUUUAAUAUUUGAUGAUUUAAUUUCUAAAUUAAAACUGGGUGGAACAUACUCAUUCCAUGUGGUUGUUGUAAAAAAGAAAAUGAUUAUUUGGAGUAUGGAACCGCUUGUUCCAUUAAUAGCUCCGAUGACGUGUUCUGUUUCACGAGAUAUCGGCGAGUUGUAUGAAGCUUGCGGGGGUCUACCUUGGAAGCUUAUAUACUGUUUGGCAUCAACCAUAGGAGUUAAUAAAUGCCCUUUGAAUUGCUUCAUGAGCUUGAAGAUCACUCUUCUGUUAAGUUUAACCAGCGUCAAAGCCAAUGUUCUGACUGGUUCAAGUAUAAUCAAUGUAGUUGCAGCAAAUAUAGACACCAGUUUUGUGGGAGAUAUUAUGAUGAUAGCUGCCAACCUGGCAGAUAGGUCCAUUUGUAUAAGCACCCAUAAUACUUCAAUGUCUUCUGCUUUAAUCGCUGGCUCUGGUGGAAUCUGCAUGUUGCCAUUACCUCUACAUAUUUACAACCAUAAAGAGAUGUCAUCUUUAUUCUCAGCUCUAGAAACGGGAGAAAUUUGUACCGAUACUGGGAAAACUAAAAUACAGUGUGCCGUGUGGGCGCACGGCAUGGAUUUGAAAAAAGGGGCACUUCACGAUAUAAUUUCUGUUUUCGGCACUGUGUGUCGUGGUGAUUAUGGAGAACACCACGAAGAUUUAGUGGAUUUUAUGCUACAGCGCGCUAUUGAGCCGUCGGAAUCAACUAAAGAAGAGAAACAAGCGCUAAAAGAAAUACAAGACUACAUCGACUUGGUUGCUGGAAUAAACGUAGCACUAAACAAAGAUACAGAGAUUUUACUUCGAAGUUAUUUUCUGGCUGCGCGUAAAGAGAGACCUCGAGGUGUAUCGGUGGCUUGUAUGGCUGGUUUGGUAGCCGCCAGUCUUACAUCAGCUAGACUAUGUCGAAGAAAUCUAACUAAUGUCGAUGACGCCGUGUUUGCUAUUUGGCUACAUGUAACGGGAUGUCCAGAACCAAGAUACGCGCCAGACGAAUAUCUUGAUACUCCCCGAAAUUUGAAGGCGUUGGAAACACUAAUGAAUAAUUUUAAAGAAUGGUUAAACCAGUUCAUUGAGAGAUAA